AUGUCUCUAAAUGUCUUCACAACCGAAUCAAUUGGCAUCAGGAACCACAUAUCGAUCUACAUUGAAACAGAUCCAACCGCCGACAGCGGCUGGCUACAUCAUGUCACAGGGACCAUCCUCAACGGCAUGGACUACACACCCCGACCAACUCGCAACCCAACGGAACUACCAGAAUAUGUCCCAGACUCACAAAAAAAGAUUGCCACGAUCAAUGAACAGGAUCUAGACCGUUUUCGGGAGGAGUGUUGCUUAGCUGUUCCACCCCCACGUCCUCAGGUUACUCUUAGUGGCAAGCGAUUGUAUCCUGAUAUACCGCUCUAUCGGUGUGGGCAUUGGCUUAAGGAUGUUGAAGAGUUGGCUUAUGAGAGGGGGAUAUUUAAGAGGCCGUGA